AUGUUCUUGUUCGGCCUCAUUGCCCAGCGUUGCGACCUAACUAUCCCGCGACUCGUGUCAACACCAGCCGAGUUUCUCUACUCUUCUUUCUCCACAACCGUACCGCCUCGCCAAUCCAAAACCGUGGCGUCCUCUCCAGCAUCAACCACCGUGCCGCCGUCUCCGCCGUCCCCGACCUCCUCCACCUCCCAGACCCCUAUCAGCAGCGAUGCCAGCCACGGAAAGGUGUCAGCCCUACACCCCCGUGUGGCGGUCAUUCUGGGCGUGGACCGCAGGUGGUACAUUCCCCUGCUAGUCUGCCGCGCGCUGAGUACCCUGCCGGCUGCUUGGUGGGGUUUGCGGUGCGCGUUCACCUUCCUGGCGGAGCUGCUGCAUAUUCGACCGGGGAUGGGACGGGAGGGAUGGGCGGCGGCAAUUGUUGGGAGUGUAGGACAGGAAUGGGAUGUUGAGCGGAGGUUUAGGGUGACCGAGGUGGCUUUGGCUAUUAUGUGGUGCUGUGCAUCCGCAUAUCUUUCCUAUUUCUUCGCGGACUGCAUGAUGUCUCGCUGGCUUCUGAACUACACCCCGCCAGCUGUUGUGAUCCGUCUCCUGACCACAAACGGGCUAAUUGCGUAUAUAACGUCCUGGGUGCUCUACCUCUCCGGCGCAUCUUCCGACCCUCGACUUCUCCUCCCAGCCUGGAUCUCCAUCACAACCUCCUUAACCUUCGUCUACCACGCCACCCAAAACCACGCCACCAUCAAACGCGAAACCGCAGCCUCGCUCCUUGUUGUGUCCGUCGCCAGUUUCGUCAGCAUGUCUUCACUCCUCCUACAAUUGCAUCUGACUCGCGAAAACGAGCCCGAGGUUCCUGUUUUUGUCAUUACUCGCAAACUAUGGGACUGGGCCGUGGCCAUUUUCCUGCGCAUGCGAGUCGCUGAUACCCGCGCAGAAUUGUAG